AUGGCAUUAUGUGGAGAGGUGAAUAUUGUCAGAAGUGCAGUGGCAAUGGAGGAAGAUGAAGUGCAAAAAGAGGAGAUGGAGGAGUCAGACAAUGAAGUUGUCCAGAAGCAGCAAAGACAAGGGUGGAAGCCAUGUUUCUUCUUUAAGGCAGAUAAAGAGAUGUAUAAUUAUGUCGGGCAGGACAUUGUCAUCCAGGAAGCUUUUGACUCUUACGCAGGAAUGAUAUGGCCUGCGGCAUUGGCUCUCAGUCAAUACUUGGACUCCCAUCAAGACCAGCUGAAUCUCACUGACAAAGCGGUCCUGGAGAUUGGCGCAGGGACCGGCCUAUUGUCCAUUGUUGCCUCGCUACUCGGGGCCUGGGUGACUGCUACUGACCUUCCAGAUGUUCUGAGCAACCUGAGAUACAACCUGAGCAAGAACACUAGGGGACGUUGCAGACACACGCCCCAGGUGGCCCCUCUGUCAUGGGGGUACGACCUGCAGCGCACCUACCCCACAUCGGUCUAUCGCUAUGACUACAUCCUGGCAGCUGAUGUUGUCUAUCACCAUGACUUUCUAGAUGAGCUGAUGGCCACGAUGAAACACUUUUGCAAGCCGGGAACCACCUUGAUCUUGGCUAACAAGCUAAGAGUGGAGUCGGAUCACACGUUUAUGAAGAAAUUUAAGAGGAUCUUUAACACAAGACUUUUGGAAGAAGAUGAAUCAUUGAUUAUUUUAAUGGCCACAUGCAGGGAAAGUGAAGAGAGAGAGGAAGUCCAGUAUCUUGAGGGAGGAGUGGAAACAUCGGUUUGUAUUAGUUCAGAAAACAGCACAGAACUUGAUGGAGGAAUGGGAGAGUCCGUGAGAAAAAAUGUGUGGAAUGAGGAGACAGUGAGCCUGUCAGAGCGCCCCCUUGACAUAGUAGGGAAUGACAUCAUCUCAGCUGGAGACUUCACUUGUGACCUGAUUGAGGUCAAACAAAUGCAGGCAGACAAGACACCAGCUUGGGAUCCCUGCAACAACAGCAGCUUUGGAAAAGAUGUGUACCGUUACGUCGGACAGCACAUUGUUAUUCAUGAAUCCACAAAUUUCUUUGGAGCUGUCAUGUGGCCAGGGGCGCCAGCCCUGUGUUCCUUCCUGGACAAGAACAGGCACUUAGUGGACCUGCAGGACAAACGUGUGCUUGAACUGGGAGCUGGAACUGGACUGGUCACUAUUGUGGCCAGCUUGCUUGGGGCUAUAGCCACAGCGACAGACUUACCGGAGAUGCUAAACAACCUCAGGUCCAACGUGAUGAGGAACACUAGAGGACGUUGCAAGUACACACCCACUGUGGUACCCCUGACCUGGGGGGCCGACCUGGAGCUCACCCACCCGACAUGUGAAUAUCAGUAUGACUACAUCCUAGCAGCAGAUGUGGUCUACCAACACGACUUCCUGGUUGAGCUGCUGGCCACCAUGAAGUACUUCUGUCAGCCAGGGACGAGCGUGAUCUGGGCCAAUAAAACCUGGAUGGAGUCUGACCUCUCAUUUACGGACACGUUUAAGGAGGCCUUCCUGACCACUUUGCUUGCUGAAGAUGGAGAGAUGCAAAUCUACAUGGGGAAACGCAAAGAAGUGUACAGCGAAGUAUAA